GGAGCCAAAUUGGAACAAAAACAAUAAUAAUAAUGAUAAUGUGCUGUACCGCUCACUUACCUGCGAAAGCCAUCAAAACAAACAAACACGCUCGUAAACACACUCGUAGAUUUCAGGCCCUUCUGUUCCUCAACAGGGCCAGUACACGCAGCGAGUGACAGCAGUGAUCGUCAUGCUGGAGCUUGACGGCGCAAGCCUCACCUACGAGGAGUUCCGUUGCAACUGCCUCGAGCCGAACCGUCCGGCCAUCAUUAGGAAUGCCUGUCAAAACGGUGGCACGACCUACUUCGAUCUGACCGAGCUGAUUCAUCGACUGAGUCCCCAGGUACUGCUCGACACAAUAGGACCAGAGACGCUAGUGCCGGUAUACCCAUCGCCCUGCACCGCAGAACUCAACGAUACGGCUGCAAAAGACGGUUGCGCAGAGGCGAUCCGUGAUGAAGGAGAAACUAGCCCGUGUGGACCGACGUACAGGAGCGGUAGAGGUGAGGCAGCGGCAGCUACGGAGAUUGACGGAGACGAUGACGAGGGCUGUAGAGAAGUUCCCUUGAGGAAUGUGUUGGAAUCGUGGGACCAGACGGGUGCGCACAGGGGUGUCGGCACCUCGAAGUCGCGCGUGUAUUACCUCAAAGACUGGCAUCUUCAGGAGGCGCUGGAGAACGCAGCCGCCAACACAGAGGGCGAAUUGUUUGGGGGCUCGCUUGCAGUGACAUCUGGCUUUGCUAGGCAGAGAGAGAAAGGCGCGCACGGCAACGCGCUGUACCGUGUGCCGGACUUCCUGGGAGCAGACUGGAUGGACCCUUUCUGUCGCUACAUGACGCAGUCGUCAGCGAGUCCACUUGCAGGGUCGGAGGAAGAAUUUUCAUUACCAGCAGCAGCAGCAGCAGCAAUGCAAUGUGGUGGUAACGGCCUAACGAGUGCUUGCACGAGCACCCCGCGACCUGUGGGCUUUGGCAGUAACAGGAGUGACUAUCGCUUUGCCUACAUCGGCCCAGUGGGCAGCUGGACGCCGUUGCACUGCGACGUCUUCGGCACCUACUCCUGGUCCUUCAACGUGUGCGGCGACAAGUUGUGGUUCUUCCCGACCAUGUCGGGCAACGCCUAUCUGCAUGCGCAUCUCCUGCCGUCUUUCCCCACCCCACCCGACAUCCGUGUCUUGACGGGGUUCGCCACGGAGAGUGUGGUGCAGCACCCCGGCGAUCUCGUCUUUGUGCCGGCCCGCUUCUACCACCAAGUCCACAACAUUUCCGGUGAAACCUUUCCUGCCUCUUGGUACACCAACCCUGCCGCGUCCGAUGAGGAGACGGGCAGUCCGCAGGGCGCGUCCUCCACCUCGAGUCUGGUGGGACCGCUGACGAUGGCCCUCAACCACAAUUGGUGUAACACCUUCAACAUCGAGUGUAUGACCCAGACCUUUCUCCGCGAUGCGCAGCGGCUCGUCCGCAGCCUCUCCGUGGACGACCUUACGGUCAUCUGCGACACCAAGGAUGUGGUGGUGUGGAGGGACUACGUCGACGCGAUGCUGCACGGCGGCACCAAUUGGUCCUAUGCGAGCAUGACGUGCUUUCUGACGUUUUGUGUGCAUUGCAUUGGGAGCGUGGCACCAGGGAUGGUAGCAGCGGAGGACGAACGGGCGAUGGCUGGAGAGCGGGUGCGACAGCUCUUGGCAGAGGUGAGGGAGUCGUACGAACAUCUUUUUGCCGCUUAA